GGGCGCGGCUCCGCUGGGGGCGGGGCGGCAGACGGCGGGCGGGGCUGUGUGCGCCUGCGCGGUGUCGGUACCGGCCGCAAGCUCGCGCCGGCAGCGGCUCCGCGAGCGGAUCCGGAGCCCGAGCGAGGGACACGGGCUGAGGCUGAGGCUGCGGCCCCGCCCCGGGGCUCCAUUGUUGAGGCGGCUGCGGCUCUGUCGGCUGCUCCGCCGCGCUCCAUUCAGCCCAGGCGCGGCGGCGAGGAGCGAGCGCUGCGAGGCGGCGGCCUGAGCAAUGGAAGAGUUAAUAGUUGAACUUCGUCUCUUUCUUGAACUCCUGGACCAUGAAUAUCUAACCUCAACUGUCAGGGAGAAAAAGGCAGUGAUAACCAACAUUCUGCUGAGGAUACAGUCAUCCAAAGGUUUUGACGUGAAGGACCAUGCUCAGAAGCAGGAGACUGCCAACAGCCUGCCGGCCCCGCCUCAGAUGCCCCUGCCGGAGAUCCCUCAGCCAUGGCUGCCUCCCGACAGUGGGCCUCCGCCAUUGCCCACGUCCUCCCUCCCGGAAGGUUAUUACGAGGAAGCCGUGCCGCUGAGCCCCGGAAAAGCUCCAGAAUACAUCACGUCAAACUAUGACUCGGACGCGAUGAGCAGCUCUUACGAAUCGUAUGACGAAGAGGAGGAGGACGGGAAGGGGAAGAAAACCCGGCACCAGUGGCCUUCUGAGGAGGCCUCCAUGGACCUGGUCAAGGAUGCCAAAAUCUGCGCCUUCCUGCUGCGGAAGAAGCGCUUCGGCCAGUGGAGCAAGCUGCUUUGCGUCAUCAAAGACACCAAGCUGCUGUGCUAUAAAAGUUCCAAGGACCAGCAGCCUCAGAUGGAACUGCCUCUCCAAGGCUGUAACAUUACAUACAUCCCGAAAGACAGCAAAAAGAAGAAGCACGAGCUGAAGAUUACUCAGCAGGGCACGGACCCACUUGUUCUUGCCGUCCAGAGCAAGGAGCAGGCCGAGCAGUGGCUGAAGGUGAUCAAAGAAGCCUACAGUGGCUGUAGUGGGCCCGUGGACUCAGAAUGUCUUCCUCCACCCAGCUCCCCGGUGCACAAGGCAGACCUGGAGAAGAAACUGUCUUCAGAGAGACCCAGCUCAGAUGGGGAGGGUGUGGUGGAAAAUGGAAUUACCACAUGUAAUGGAAAGGAGCAAGUGAAGAGGAAGAAAAGUUCCAAAUCAGAGGCCAAGGGCACUGUGUCGAAAGUCACUGGGAAAAAAAUCACCAAGAUCAUCAGUCUGGGGAAGAAGAAGCCAUCCACAGACGAGCAGACCUCCUCGGCCGAGGAAGACGUCCCCACGUGCGGCUAUCUGAACGUGCUCUCCAACAGCCGCUGGCGGGAGCGCUGGUGCCGAGUGAAAGAUAACAAGCUCGUUUUCCACAAGGACAGGACCGACUUGAAGACCCACAUUGUGUCCAUCCCCCUCCGUGGCUGCGAGGUGAUCCCAGGUUUGGAUGCAAAACAUCCUCUGACAUUCCGGCUGCUUCGCAACGGCCAGGAGGUGGCAGUAUUGGAGGCAUCUUCCUCUGAAGACAUGGGCAGGUGGAUUGGGAUUUUACUUGCAGAGACGGGGUCAUCCACAGACCCGGGAGCUCUGCACUAUGACUACAUUGAUGUGGAAAUGUCUGCAAAUGUCAUCCAGACAGCCAAACAGACCUUCUGUUUCAUGAACAGGCGUGUUCUGUCUGCUAACCCAUAUCUAGGGGUCACGUCCAACGGCUAUGCCCACCCCAGCGGGACGGCGCUUCAUUACGACGAUGUCCCGUGCAUCAACGGCGCGUGGGAACCGGAAGAUGGCUUUCCUGCUUCCUGCAGCAGAGGCUUGGGAGAAGAGGUGCUUUAUGAUAACGCAGGCCUGUACGAUAACUUGCCGUCUCCGAAAAUCUUUGCCCGCUACUCUCCUGCUGACAGAAAGGCCUCUAGGCUGUCUGCCGACAAGCUGUCCUCUAACCAUUACAAAUACCCUGCCUCCGCUCCGUCUCUCACUAAUACCUCUUCUGUGGGGAGGGCGUCUCUCGGGCUCAACUCACAGCUCAAGGGUAAAAAGCCUCCAGUGGCAUCUAACGGGGUCACAGGAAAAGGGAAGACUCAGAGCAGUCAGCCGAAAAAAGUGGAUCCCGUGGCUGGCGUGAAAAGGACAGCUUCGAAUGCUGCCCAGUACAAGUACGGCAAGAACCGGGUAGAAGCAGAUGCCAGGCGGCUACAGACCAAAGAAGAGGAGCUGCUGAAGAGGAAGGAAGCCCUGCGGGACAGGCUGGCCCAGCUCCGCAGAGAGAGGAAAGAGCUCCGAGCUGCCAUGGACGCCAGCGCCGGCAGGAAGCCGCAGGCCGUCCUGGAGGAGAAGCUGAAGCAGCUGGAGGAGGAGUGCCGGCAGAAGGAGGCGGAGCGCGUCAGCCUGGAGCUGGAGCUGACAGAGGUCAAGGAGAGCCUGAAGAAGGCGCUGGCGGGCGGGGUCACCCUGGGGCUGGCCAUUGAGCCCAAGUCAGGGACGUCGAGUCCACAGUCUCCAGUGUUCAGGCAUCGGACCCUGGAAAACUCGCCCAUCUCCAGCUGUGACACCAGUGACACUGAGGGCCCCGUGCCGGUGAACAGUGCAGCUGUCCUGAAGAAGAGCCAGGCGGCCCCGGGCAGCUCCCCCUGCCGAGGACACGUGCUGCGGAAGGCCAAGGAAUGGGAAUUGAAGAAUGGGACAUAAGGGCCAGCAGGACCGCCCCAGCCUCAGAGACUGCACACCCCCUUGCCCGUGUCCUCAUCUGUGUGACGGCAGAAUCCUGCCCAGAGCGGCCUCCGCUGCACGACGCCAGAGGCUUCAUGACUGGGUGCCAAGGCCAGCCUCUCGCCCAGGCCCACUUGUAUUCUUUCUACUGUAUACUGGCGCCUUUAAAAAAGAUUUACGUGUAAGAUUCUGGUUUCCAACUGUAUUCGUUAAAAAACAAAAACAAAAGUGAUGGAAAGGUGUUUGAAAGGGUGCUGUGAGGAGAGGUGACAUCUUUCUAACCAGUUAAGCCAUUGCUUUCACCGAUUCCAGCCCAGCCCCGGACUGAGGGUGGAUGGACCCGUGAGCCCCGAAUGAAACCUUGGAUUUUGCGCAGAAGAGUUUGGAUCCCUGGCUGCUCCCGGCACGAGUGUGGCUGGCACGUGGGCACUCGGCUUCCACCACCAGGAGGGCCAGGGGCUUACGUAGCCCUGAUGUGGACUUUAGGUGUGGGCGUCCCCUCCCCACGUGCCCGUCCUCCUUGGCAUCAGCGGUAAAAACAUGAGAAAAUCGCGCUGUGAAACAUUUUUUACCUUUUAUUAUUUUUUUGGACAGAUGCUUUUGUCACCAAGACAUGAAAAGCUGCCCUUCUUCUUAACCGUUUUUUUUAAGAAUGUCUCUUUUUAUUGUGUGUCACACUUAGAUCUAAGGAUUUUUCAGAGGUUUCUUAUUUUAUUAAUGAUGUGUGCUGCUUUUGAUGGGCAGCAGAGGGUUUAAUCCUUCACGAACAUGUGCCCUCCGCCCCCUCGCCCUGGCACCCCCAGCCCUUAAUCCACAUUGGAGCUGCAGAGCCUCCUCACAGAAGGGGUCUCUGGGGCAGGGCCGGCUCCUCGCCACUGUAUGGGACGUUUACUGCCACGCGGGGCCGGAGCGGUCCUUUGAAAGGGAAGCAAGAUCUGGAAUUUGUCACUCACAGAACAUCUUAGAGCAAAAGGCAGGAAUUCCAGGGCCACCUGCCCCUCCCCCACUCCAGCUUGUAAAGUAAAACCCCAAGUGUGCUGGUGGGCCUGGCCACGCACCCUCUCUCCUGAGUGGGGCGGGCGCGGGGAGGGAAUCUUCACUUGCUUGCCUUAUGUGCAAUAUCUCUUGGAGAACGCAGAUGCCUAAGGCGUAAAGAAAAACCGAGUUGAUAGUUGGGGCUGGUUUCUCCCCCCUGGGUUUCAAAAUCAGAUCACCUUCUUGGUCUCCCGGAGACCGCCGUCAGGAAUUCUCCAUUUUGGGAAUGUGCAGCCACUGGUGAGUAAAUAGCAGCCCCCGAAAGCCUGUGCAGGCAGGUUCACGGAGCCCGGGCCUGGCAGCAGCCGCCGCUGCCCUAGCGUAGAAUCUGGAGGUGCUGCGCUUGGCGCAAGCCUCCUGUCCACCUUCCAGCAUGUCCUCCUCAUCACACACAGGAAGAGACGGCAGGCAAACACAGCCUCCUUGACUCCCCCGACACUUUCAGAGCCCAUCCUGGCGUCAGGCAAACACAGCCUCCUUGACUCCCCCGACACUUUCAGAGCCCAUCCUGGCGUCAGCUGUGUGGUGCACAGGACUUUACAGUUAGGAUUCAUGUUUAAUGUCGUAGCACUCGAGGCCUGCGAGGGCCAUGUUGGAUUGCUCGAGUGGGAAGGCGGUCUCCCGUGUAUAAGAAAAGUUUUACAACAAGAAUUGGAAGCUGCUUCAUUUGAGUCCGCCUGAAACUUGAAUUGAUUACAAAGCCAUCUGCCAGGAGCGUUUGGGGUUCCUGAGCCAUCAGCUGGCGUUCCCCGUCUGACGUGCCUUCCUCCCAGCCUGGUCAGUGGAGGCCCAUCACACCAGCAUCUAUGACGCCAACUUCCCACUAGGACAUCCAGGCAGGGGGGUGCAGCCGCCACAUGCCCCAGGGCCAUCCACUGUGCUGACAUACAGGAGCGUUCUCUCCCGUGGUGACCUUCCACCAUCACAGGCAGCCGGGACCGCUUCUGUCACACACACACAAUUUUCUGUGAAGGGAAAGAAGCUUGCUCCACCUUAGAGUUUUGCUGCCUUCAGGUCAGUUCUCCAGGUUGAGGCCCUGGGGCCGCUCUGAUUGGCAGCCUGCUUUGCCCACAAGAACUGUGUGCGGCUUUGGUGGUCAGUGAAAGAAGGGGGAAGUGGCCAGCCUGAUGUCUCGAUCCUGGCCCAGCACAGGUGGGCAGCAGCAAGCUGGUGGGUGAAGCGUGAGCCGCGUGCCACAUGCCAGUCCUCAGCUGUCACUCACCAGCUUCCUCACCAGGCAAGGAGGCCCUGGAGCCUCCACAAGAACUUGCCGCAGGGCACAGCCAAUUGGUGCUAGACUCCCAGCAUGCAUUUUUGGUUUAAAAACCCAGGUUUGUAAUUCACUUCCACAACCAUAAGCCUUUUAAAGAGGAGGCAAACUUUGAAUCCCAGCGUGGUCCGUGGAGCCUUCAAAAUGGGUGCUCUGGAAGGGGGGCCCUGACAUUGGAGUCCUUUGAGGGCGGAUGUUCCCUUGAAAUUUUGCAUUUGAUCAGAAAGUUUAAAGCAUUUACUUCACAAUAAGUUAUUUAUUUGUAUAUGUUCAAUCAAUGUAGUUUUUAAUUUAUAUCUGUACAUAUUAGACACACGAGCCAUCUUGCCAGAAUUCUGACAGUGAUCUCAUUUCAUUACCCUCCCAAAACAUGCCCCAGGAACAAGCUCCCCUGCUGCCAUGGCAGUGGCCAGUGUGACUAUCUGACUUUGUGAUGAAGCCAGGCUGGGGGCAAGAAGCCCGAUAGGCAGGCCAGGGUCCCUGGAGAAGCUGGGUUGUGGGGGGCAGAGGCCUGACAGGCAGGUCAGGGUCCCUGGAAGAGCCAGGCUUGGGGGGUGGAGGCCCGAUAGGCAGGCCAGAGUCCCCGGAGAAGCCCCAUUUCUUUGCAGUGUUACCAUUACUUAGCAGAUCGUUGUGUUUGCAGGGGGCUGGCCACCUGUACUAGGGUGCUGACCAGAUUGCGAGGAACACAGUGGUCAUGCCAUGGGGCUGGCCAGAGGACGGGUCAGGUGUGGAGGCUGGCUGACCCCCGCGGGGCUCGGGGCUCCUUCCAUUCUCACCCUAAGCUACAGUGUCUUCAGGGCUUCGCUCCUGCCUCUAUUUCGGUAAGGUGUCAACAGCCUUCAACCUCCAUUUGUAUAUUUUUAUAAUGUACUUAAAUCACGAACCAACUUUUUUCAUAGAAACAACUCUCAGGUUAGAUGGCUUGUUUUGGUCCCCGUGACUUGGGCACAGGCGUGGGCCACGGCUCCCUCUUCCCAGAAUCUCGGGCAAGGCCCAUCUGUCUGUAAGGCUGGUAGUCCCCGCCCUCGGCUUCCAGAGGCUGCGGAGGCUGCAGGGUAACCAGUGUGGGUCUGCUGAGUCACCCCAGGCAUCAUCCACAGGGCCGUUCCUGAGCCUUGCCCUUGGGUCUGGCGGGAGGCCAUUUCCCAGGCUGGGUCAGUCCCACCUCACCCCUCCAUACCUGUGCCCUGGCAUGGCCAGGCCUAACCUUCCCCUUUAUCUUAUUCGUCCCAGAGUUAUCAUUGGCCGUUUCUAAAUAGACAGAACUACCCUAAAAGGUGGAGAUGUACUCCUUUUGAACAGUUUGUUUCAGAAAGUGGGUCCUUGGCUCUGAGGCCACCCCCAGGAAGGAGUUUGAGGUUCAUUGUCAUCAUGGCCACGGUUUGGGGCUUGUGCGUGGUAUUCAAAGGGCAGCACUGAAGCCAGGGUGAGGUGUAGGGGUUGUGGGCAAAGCACCCUUGCUGUGGCCACACCUUUACCUUUCCACAAGAGGCUGCUCACCCAUUAUUUGGGGGGAUGUACAUUUUGCCCACGGAUGAACUUUGCUACCCAGAGUGAAGUGCUCUGUUCAUGCACCUCACUCAUGUCAUUAGACACCUUCCGAGGAUGGGCAGCCUGCAGCGGGGCUGGUGACCCCCAUCCAGCAAAAAGGCACCUCGGGCCGCAGGGCAGGGCUGACACCCUGAGCUCACAGGCGGCCCCCACUGCCAGGCAGAUGGCCAUCCUUCAAACAGCCUCUUCAGGGAGCACAGCCCUGGAGGGCUCUGAGUAUCCCCAGCAGCUUACCUAAAGGCCAUGGCAACAUUUAAAUGUUAAACUAUUGCCUUCCUCUUUUCCUCAAAUAAUUUUCGAAUGGGAAGAAUAACUUCAAGUUCAUGACAUAGUCUGAAAGAGGAUAAUUCAUUUUUUCCUGUCGGGCUGGGUUCAUACUGUGAAAUAAACUAAAAUGAAACCAAAAUGCUCCUGCCGUAAGCACGUGGCAUACACUGUGGAAAAAGCAAAGCCACCUCGAUUUGUGAGUCCCCAAGCCAUAGCAGGUGGUUCAUCGUCUGUAAAGGAAGGGAAGCCGCACCCAGGAAGUGGUGGCUUCAGAGGCGCCCUCCGCCCAGAGUUCAUGAAGUGCUUCCAGCUCGGUCUUCCAGAAAAUCUCAGCUGUCCCGUGUACAAGUAUUACCGGGUAUUUUUAGUUGUAGCCAUGGAAGAUAUUUUCAAAAUGAGAUCUUCAGAUCAUAAUUCUUAGGGACCAAAGGCAUUUUUAAUGAGAUAAUCUUUCUGAUUUUCUAACCGGAAAGGAAAUACUCACUUUAAAUUUUAACAUCAACUUUUAAAGGAUAGCUAUUCAGAAUUGAUUGACCAUGGUGAUAAGUUGUAAAAUGUUUUCAUAUUAAGAAUGUAAUUAUUUCCUUAUUGUAUUUUUUAAAAGCUAAAGUCCUAUUUAAAAUUCUCUUUGAAAGAAACAGGCAAAGAAACAGCAAAGAUGUUUUUUAAAUUAAGUAUGUUGGUAGUGCCCAUUUUAAAUGACUGUAAAUAUAUUUUCACUGUUUCUCAAUGUAUUUAAUUCAUAAAGUAAAAAUUUUAUGGAAAGAAACUUGCAAUGAAAAUCCUAGUUUUCAGUCCACGGCCCCAUUUUGUAGUAGCUUCACUGAAUUUCCUGCUUUCCUCGUUGAUUUUUCUACUGUUUCACGUGGUGUAACCAAGACUGGCGCCCCUGGCGCGCCUCGUUGUGUAUGAAUAAACUUCUCUCCCCGA